AUGAACAAAUUCACAGAGAUCGCCAAGGGCGGCUGGCACCCUGAGAAGAACAGCAAACCCUCCUACUCCCAGGAACCGGGACUCAAGGACAAAGCCAAAGGAUGGGUUGGCAUGGGCAAUAAGGACCCUUAUGCGGAGCAGCGUAACCACCAGUCACGGCCACUAUCCUCCCUCAGAGAUCCCGCGUCCUUCGCACCACCUCCGAAACACCAGGGCUACUAUGGCGGGCAAGCCAACUCGCCGAGCGGAGCGGCCGGCCUGAUCACUGCGCCUACUCCUGCAAACAGCGGCCAGGCUCAGGUCUCACAUCAAAGGCAGAUCGCAGCUCGGGAGGAAGAGGAAGACAGACCGCCGCCAGGUCCUUAUCGUGUUAACACAACUGGGUUAUCCACCGCACAUCUGCCCAAACCUCCCGUGAGGCGGCCUGGGCAAGAGACACCGGAGACAGCUUCGCCCGCCAGGACGACGCCUGCGCCCCCUCCGGCACCGUCUCAGAAACCAAAGUUGCCGCCGCGCCUUCCCCCUCGACAAAACUCGCACCCGGAUAUCCAUGCCCCGCUUCCGCCGCCAACGUACCAAGAAAGUGUUCAGAGCACCCCGGCACAGCCAAGUCAAGGUAUACUCAACCAGGGAGCAAUCAAUAGACUAGGCCACGCUGGGGUCAACGUUUCUGGCUUUGGAAUCGGUCGAACUGCUUCACCUCCUGUUCCUCCCCGCAAUGGCUCCCCCGCGACCCCUCCGGUGCCUGCGCGUACUGCGUCCCCUGCCCAGCAGAACCAACUUGGCGGGCUCCAGUCACGCUUCGCAAAACUGAGCACUGGCUCUUCUCAACCAGCUGCUCCUGAAGGGGGGACCACGUUUGCGCAGAAGCAGGCUGCAUUUAAUACGGCCAGAAGCUUUCACAAGGACCCUACGUCUGUCUCGGUGAGCGACUUGCGCAGUGCAGCUUCAACAGCCAACAACUUCCGCGAGAGACAUGGAGAGCAGGUGGCGGCGGGGUGGCAGAAGGCCAACGGGUUGAACCAGAAAUACGGCGUGAUGGACAGGGUCAACGGCAUGGCAUCUGGCAGCGCAGGCGCAUCAUCGGCGAGCGCGAUGCUAGGCCCCGUGGGGAAGAAGCCUCCGCCUCCACCUCCGCCGAAGAAGAAGGGUUCGGCAGAUAACAGUGCAUCUCCACCGCCGCCUGUCCCAUUGGCCAGCAAGCCCAGGCCAUCUUGA